AUGAAAGUUCAUGAUAGAGAAUGGUCCCUGAAGGAUCCAAAUGAAGAUACUGAAUGGAAUGACAUACUGAGACAUUUUGGAAUUCUUCCCCCAAAAGAAAAACCGAAAGAUGAAAUUGAAACAGUUUUACACUUGCAGAAAGAAGCCGAAGGCAAGUAAAAUUAAAAAUACAUGCCACUAGUGUAACAAAAUUUGAAAAGCAGAGAUAUUAAAAUGCAUUUUAAAUGUUCCAAAGAUGCUUAUUUUUAUUAUUAUUUUUUAAUUAGGCAGCAACGCUUGCAAGAAUGGAAAUGUCUUCAGAGGAGGCAAAAGUAUGGGGAGCUAAGAGAAAUUUGUGGAGAGCAGUAUGUAAAGGAAGUUACAGAUGCUCCAGAGGAUGUCUGGGUUAUAAUUCAUCUUUAUCGGUCAAGCAUCCCAAUGUGUUUACUGGUUAACGAACAUCUCAGCCUGCUAGCCAGGAAGUUUCCAGAAGUCAAGUUUCUCAAAGCCGUCGUAAACAGCUGCAUUCCGAAUUACGAGGACAGAUGUUUACCCACAAUACUGGUAUACAAAACUGGUGGAAUAAAAGGCAGGUUCAUUGGAGCAGCUGAAUGUGGGGGAAUGUAUCUUAAAGUGGAAGAGCUUGAAUGGAAACUAGCAGAAGUCGGAGCAAUGGAAACCGACCUAGAAGAAAACCCCAAAAAGGACAUUACAAAUAUGAUGACACUGUCAGUGCGAAAUAUUUCUGCUCAUCAAGACACCGAUACAAAAAGCACUGAUGUCAUGAAACCACGUAUUACUUGA